AUGGAGCUGGCGGAACAGAUUGACGAUUUGAGGUUCUGCACAAUGAAUGACGAAGGCCCCACCAGAAUUAUGGGCACCUGUAAUAGCUCGCCAGAUAUUACUAUCGCUAGCAGUGGUCUGACAAAUAGCAUAACCUGGCGACAUAUGCUAACUCUGGCAUCAGACCAUCUGCCCAUAAUUAUAUCGAUCGAGAAACCUCCCGACUUAAUUUCUGUGGACAACCGCACCUUUUCUAACUUUAACAAAGCUAACUGGGUCGGCAUCACAGAAUUUACUAAGAGCACCUUCAACGUACUACCCAUUCCAACGGAUGUCAUCGUUGGCGAGCUUCAUUUCCACAAGGUGAUCGCUGCUGCUCGCUUCAUACCGCCGGAACUCCGUCCUAAUUUACCAGCCGAAGCAGCUUUAUUAGCAAAGGAGCGCGAUACCUUACGCCAUACCGAUCUCUGUGAUCCCCAAAUAAGGGAUCUCAAUUUGGAGAUUCGGCAAAUGGUAAAUCAACAUUAGCGGACAAAAUGGAU